AUGGAUCCUAUCUCGGAGGGACAUGCAGACAAGGAGGGAUUUACUCUUGUUAAGCCUCGUAAUAAGGGUAAAGGAAAGAAGAGAACUUGGAUGGACAGACAAAAUGAUGAUACUUUUAACAAGUUUGAUGUUCUAGAGGACUUGGUCCAAGAGGAAGGAAUCCUAGUUGAGCUUUCUUCUGGGGUUAAGGUUCAAGGAGGGAUGCAGGAUGGGGAUUUUAAUGUUGUUACUAGUUUGGAGGAGAAAAGUGGGGGGUUAGUCAGGUUGGACCUUGCUUCAAAUUUGCUCAGAGAUAAUAUUGGCUUCCUAAACCUCAUUGAUGUGAAGCCAACUAAUGGUGUCUUUACUUGGAAUAACAGAAGAAGUGGUGUUGAGGCUAUUUCAAAAAGGCUUGAUAGAUUUUUGGAUCUUAUGGCAGUUUGGUGGCAUGAAGGAAUGCUUGCUCAUGGCAGGGCCAUGUAUACUUUUGGGAAAAGGCUACAACAUGUGAAAUACAGGCUCAAGAGGUGGAAUAAACAAUGUUUGGGAAACUUGCAUGCUCAGAAGUUUGCAGCUCAGUCUCAAUUGGAUACUAUUACUCGUCAGAUUCAAGAUCAAGGGAUGUUUCCUGAUCUUAGUAAAGUUGGGUCCUUAGCCCUUAAGGAGUUAGAAGAGUGGGAGUUGUGUGAGGAUGUUUUUUGGAAGCAAAAGUCUCAUGUUGACUGGCUUCAGGAGGGAGAUAGAAACACGAGUUUUUUUCAUAACUUUGUUAAGGCUCGACGGUAUGGUAACUUUAUUACUUCUCUUGUCUCUUCAGGAGGGUCUCAUUUCUCUUCUAGGGAAGAUAUUGCUAGGGAAGCUGUCAGGACUUUUUGA